UCGCUGUGAAAAGUCGCCGAUAAAUUCCGUUCGUUCGAUGUGAAAUUUCGCGGAAAAUUCGUGAUUGAAGUAAUCACACUCUAAUUUCGGAUUAACACGCCGCCCUUCGAGUGCGGAAAUUCGAAUUAUGGUAUCGGAAAAACAUGCGGAAAACGGGGAAAAAGAGGACCGGAGAAUACACAGAAGAAGUACCUCGUCGCUAUGGUCGUGCGACUUCGAAACGGCCAUCGACGUGGCGGGUUUCGGAAAAUUCAACUUCUUCCUGUUGGUGGUGACCAUCCUCACGGGUCUCAUAGCCGUCUUCGAAGUGAGAACGAUGCCCUACGUGGCACCGGCAGCUCAAUGCGACCUGGAGCUCGAUGUCAAGCAGAAGGCCAUGUUAUCUUCAGCUCCUCUGCUGGGUAUGGUGAUGACUUCAUUUAUCUGGGGCUUGAUCGGGGAUUUGAUCGGAAGGAGAAAGUUGAUCAUUAUUAUUUGUUUGCUGGACUUUAUUUGUUGGAUCGUGUCCGCCUUCGCGCAAACUUUCGCGGUUUUGAUUGUGUUUAGGUUGUUCGGAGGGAUGGCAGCGAGUGGAAUUUUGCCCAGUUUGGCCACGUACGUUGCGGAAACGCAUGGGGUAAAACACAGGGCUGUUAUGCUGUUGUUAUUAGGAAAUAUAUUCGGCGUAGGUGAUUUGUUGUUACCUACGAUGGCUUUGGGUAUAUUGACCAACGAUCAAAUCUAUAAAGUAUCAUCAUUGGUGAUGCAUCCGUGGAAUAGUUUCUUAUUAAUUUGCUCUUUUCUACCAUUUCUGGGCGGAAUAGGUUUCUAUUUGUUGCCCGAAAGUCCCAAAUUUCUAAUGAGCAAAAGAGAAAAUGAUAAAGCCAUCGAUGCCUUUCAAUCGAUUUACAGUUUGAAUUCAAACAGAAACACCAAGUCGGAUUAUCCAGUAAAAUCUUUAAAAAAAUACAACAUAGACGGCGCCGGUAAUUUAGACGUCCCGCCGGAAAAUUCGGGCGGUUCUUGCACAGCCCAGAUGAGCCUGUGCUUAGAAGCGGAAUAUCUGAAAAAAAUUCUACUAGUAGUACCAGCGCAAUUUCUGAUUCUACUCGGGUUGAACUCAUUCGGGCUCUGGUUGCCUCAAAUCUUCGAGAAAAUGAGCGAACCAUCGCGAGAUUACGAGAAUUGCUCCAGCAGCGCGUUUUGCCUCACGAUGAGCCACUUGCAAAAUACCACGAGAAAAUUUACCGGUGACUGUCAACAAACGCAGAAGCUCAUGACGUACAUCGAUUGCAUGCUAGCAGCCGUGCUAACGCUGAUCCUCUUCGGAAUAUCUGUACUAGUAGUAAACGGUAUCGGCAAGAGGAAAUUAAUACUUACGUUGGGCGUAGCUUGGUCGAUUUCGGUUUGCUGUUUGUGGUUUUCGAAGAACCCAAUCGCCACUAUGGUGGCUCUAGCCUUCAUUUGCGCCUUCGGAAACGUCGCUUUUAACGGUUUAGUGGCUAUAGUUACGGAUAUUUUCCCGACGCAUUUGAGGGCGAUGGCUGUGUCCAUAACGAUGAUGUUUGGGCGAUUGGGCGGUGGACUCAGCUCCUUUAUUUUCCCGUUAUUUUUAACCUACGGGUGCUUUAUUACGUUGGUCGUAUUAGCAAGCUUAAAUUUUGUUUGGAUGUUUCUGGUUCAUUUACUGCCUCGUGAUAACACGGAACAAUCAGCGAAGGCGGUAGACUGAAAAAAAUAUAUCGUAUUAAUUCGACAGGUUGUAAGUAUAUGCAUUGUAAUUACCGCGACUCGUAUACGUAAAUAAAUUACUUUGUAAUCUCAUUACUAGCAAGCAAAUAAAAAUAAUCAGUAGCUGAAG